AUGUAUCUUGACACCGUUGCCCGUCAAAACCUCGAAUUUGAUUUCGAACGUCUCUGCUCGAAAUCGAUGACCAAUAUCAACGUAUACUGUUGUCUGGUGUGCGGAAAGUACUUCCAAGGGAGAGGCAGGGGUAGUUGGGCAUAUCGGCAUGCCGUCGGCGAGAACCAUCGGGUGUGGUUGAACUUGGGAACUGAGAAGUUCUACGUGUUGCCGGAAGGCUACCAAGUCUCGGAUCCUUCAUUGCAGGACAUCAUCUCGGUUCUCAACCCGCGCUUCAACCCGGCUCAGCUUCCCUCGCUCUCCCUGUUGCCGUCGAAAUCCUCAUAUACGCUCAACGCUCAACCCUACGUCCCUGGGUACAUCGGUCUUAACAACAUCCGCGCCAACGACUAUUCCAAUGUCAUCGUCCACCUCUUGCUCCACAUCCCACCGGUCCGAGACUACUUCCUCUCCCCCUCAACCCCACAGCUGCAGAUGGAAGCUCGACCGACCGAGCUCGUCAGGCGAUUCGCGAGUCUAGCGAGACGAGUUUGGAACCCGAAGCUGUUCAAAGCUCAGGUUUCGCCGCACGAGUUUCUGCAAGAAGUGACGAAACGCAGUGAGGGCAAGUUUGGGAUGACCGAACAGGGGGAUCCGGUGGCCUUCUUGGGAUGGUUAUUGAACACUCUGCAUCGGGAUCUGGGUGGUAGCAAGAAGAGCAAUUCCAGCGUGAUAUACAAGACAUUCCAAGGAGAAGUCCGGAUUCAGACGCAAGAGGUCAUUGUCGACAAACGAGCCUCGCGUCCAGUGUUUGAUAUCAGUCGAGACAUCAAGACGAUCAAGUCGCCCUUCUUGUUCCUUGCGCUCGACCUCCCGCCAGCGCCGAUCUUCCAGGAUCUCAACGAAAAUCGGAUCAUCCCGCAGGUGCCUUUAGGAGAGAUCUUGGCCAAAUACGAUGGGGUCACGACACAGGAAAUGGGCAAUACGCUGAAACGACAUCAAUUGACGAGGCUGCCACCGUACUUGAUCCUAUUCAUCAAGCGGUUCACAAGUAACAACUUUGUCAAGGAACGUAAUCCGACCAUUAUCAACUUUCCGCUUCGGGGUAUCGACUUGAGGGAUCACGUCGACCCAAAACCCUCCUCCCCAAUGGCAAGCGUGUAUGACCUGAUCGCCAACAUCCCCCACGAAACGACGAGUGCGUCAACCAAUGCCGGAGGCUCCGGAGCCUCUUCUUCUAAAAAGAACGACCGGGAAGAAGGCGACACCGUGUGGAAGGUGCAUGUCCGAGCGGGUGCGGGUGGAGGCGAUGCGGAAAAGUGGUUUGCGCUGCAAGAUCUGGACGUGUCCGAGGUCCGGAAAGAGAUGGUGUUCCUGGGAGAGACUGUCGUACAGGUUUGGGAACGUAGAGAUGUCGAAGUCAAGGUAUAG